AUGUCGGCUCAGUCAAGCUACGCACAACCUGUAUCCGUGUCUUUCGCUGAUGAUAACAUUAUCUGCCCGCCUGCAACGAACACGAGCGACAGCAGUUCAUGGCCUUCGCCGUCUGACCCAGGCUAUCCCACGCCAGACAGCAAUCAAGACACUGAAACCCAGGUCUACCAACAUUCUGCAGCAGAAUCAGCGCGUCAGGAAGCCUUCGGUGUGUCCGGUCUGCAGGAAGCUGCCAUGCCAAAGCGCAAAGGUCGGAGGUUUCACGCUCCGCGAUACCAGUACGGCACUAGCAAGCACCUGCCUGUUGCUCCACAGCAGACCUGGACUUCUCCCAGUUUUCAGGAAUCAGAGAAUAAAUUUUCCUGCACAGAAUGUGUCAAGGCCUUCAAGAACGCUUCGGACUGGAAGAGACAUGAGGCUAGUGUGCACGGCUAUAACGAUCGAGAAUGGGUCUGCAUGUUGACGGACGCAUUCAAGCUACAGUCCGAAUGUGUCUUCUGCCUGGAGCCAAUGGACUCGAUCGACCAUCUUGACAAGCAUGUAAUCGCUCCAUGUUUGAACAAGUGCGCUGCCGAACGUAGUUUUCCUCGCAAAGAUCUUCUCAGACAGCAUGUCUUGCUUGCGCAUCUCAAGGGUGCACCUCCGUCGGCCAAGAAGACAUUUGGGGUACCCACGGAAUGGUCAAGAGGGUUGGAUGUCUCGCCUAGUGGGCCUGGCUCACGCUGGUGUGGGUUCUGCGGGUGUAUGCUUGACACUACCGCGAGGAGGAUGGCUCAUGUUGCGCAACACUUUCGCAACGGUCAGAAGAUGACGAGUUGGAUUCAGAUGUAA